AUGUAUUAUUCAGCAUUUGAUGGGUAUUGUGGAAUAACAACAAGAGAAAGUAUAUUAUCAGAUAAAUAUCAAAGUAUAUUUGAUAUUAAAUCAGGGAUGAUAAUUGAAGGAACAAUUAAAGAAGUUAAUGAAAAAGGAAUUAUUGUUAAAAUAGGAGAAAAAAUCUAUGGAUUUUGUGAUAAAAUUAAUAGUGGAGAUAUUCCUAUUGAAGAUUUACAAAGUGUAUUUAAAAAAGAACAAAAAAGUAAAUUUAGAGUAUUAACAGUAAAUAAUAGAAAUAAUAGUAUUUAUUUAACACAUAAAAGAACAUUAAUGAAAGCAACAACACUCUUUUUGAGCAGAAAUAGAACAUUCACUAGACUAAUAACUUUCAACAGUCAUAAUACAAUAAUUUCUGAAUUAUUUAAUUACCAAUAUUUUUUAGUUGAUACUUCAGAUAGGCUUAGUCAAUAUAAUAUAUGUAUAAAUGAAAAAGAGUUAUAUAAUAUUGCUUUAAAAUGA